UUAUUCGUGUGUGUUGGUGGUUAACGUUCCGACCGGGUGUGAGUACGGCAUUCGGAUGCUGGAAGCUGCGGAGUAGCAACGCCGUGCCAAUACCGCAGAGCUGUGUGUUUUAUUGUUUAACAGCUCCGUUUAACCUUGAGCAGCCGGAUAAUGGCGGAUAGUUUCUUCAAAGCGGUGAUUCGUGAUCCCAAGUGGGACGUGCGGUCGGAAGCCAAACGCUUGGGCUUUCUGUUUCAAUUGUAUAUCGAUGCGAAAAAGCCGACGGAAGUGUUUAUCAAGUACAAAACCGCCAAGGAGGCGGCGAAGGCACGGGCCAGCUUAGCGCAAAAUGAGAAUGUGUUGCGCGUCGAAUCGAUGGACGAGUGGAAUAUAAAACCGAAAAAGCAGGAAAGCAAGCAACCGGAAUAUAAUGCCUCUGCCGCACCGUCGCUCGUGGGAAGCACUGUCCAAACUAGAUCCCCGGCCAAGCAUAAUUCUGCUGCACCGAACCACAUGCCACAGCCGAUGCAGAUGCAGAUGCCAAUGCAGAUGCCAAUGCAGAUGCAGAUGCCGAUGGGCCCGCAGGGAAUGUUCAACGUUUGUGCCGCGUGCCGGAACAGUGGCGCUUCGUUCCAGUGCUUUGUUUGUGGCAUAUUCUACUGCGGCGACCAAUGCCAAAGAGCCGAUUGGCCGGCCCAUAUCAUGCAAUGUGUACCACGCUUGGUGCGAGCAACGAAUCCGUUUGUGGCGGCCAACGUACCACAAAUGAGCAUGCCCUUACCCUUCAACGGAAUGUUCCCCGGGGCGGGCAACAACAACUGGUACGAAAAUAAAGAAAAUGUACAACAUCACGCGCCGCCGCACUCGAAUGGCCCAGUGGCAGGUAGCUCCAAACAACAGCCCGGUACAUCGAAACAACAGGCCCAGCAGCCGAAACCCGUCCCGACUGCUUCCUCGAAGGAAUCGCCACCCUGUAACGUACCCACCAACGUGCUCAAAAGUAUGGCCAUGAAACGUCACCAGGACCAGGCCGACCCAUCUAACGGUUUGGUAAGUGGUGCACCGAGCGCACCGGCUAAAGCGAACGAAGCCAAACCGGCCAAAGAAGGCUCCAAGCUGGCGAAGCGGGUGCAGCAAAAGACGGCUCCGAAACGUACCAUCCAAUACGCCACAUUCCCGCUCGAGGGUGAGAAUGUAAAGAUUUCCUACGUCAGUGCCGGCGGCGAGCUGUACGUGUACCGUACCGGACCGGAAGCGAAUGGUCAGCCGAACCGAUACAUCGAGCUGGUUAAACGUUCCAUUGAAUGUGCGCGAGGCGUUAAGGAGAUGGUGCAGGCGGCACCAAAGGUAGAGGACGUUGUGUUUGCACCGUUCGAUGGGGAUUACUAUCGGGCCGCUGUCAAGUCGGUGGACGGGUCGCAGGUGAGCGUGUUUUUCCCCGACUUUGGCAACUCGCUCACGGUCGAGUGGAAGCAGCUGAAAGACAUUCCGGAUAAGGACAUACAGUACGGCACGUGCUACACGCACGCGGUAAAGAUUGAAGGCGUACCGACACCGUACACGCCGAUGGUAUACCAGUUUCUUUGCCAGCUGCAAGAGCUGGAUGAUUUCGAGCUUACCAAGGUGGAGGAUCGAGCCGGCGGCAAAACGAUCGAUAUGCGCCACGUCCGGGAACUGUACCAGCUGAGCGAGAAGGUACGGGAGGUGGGCAAGAAGGAAAAAAUGGACGAAAAGGCAAAGAAUGCGGCAGUGAAGCAGGAGGCUGUACCGAAGGCGGCAAUUCCCGAUCCGGCCUCCUACCUUCCAGUUACGGCUGAUGAUAUCAUUGAACACGACAUGCAAAUGGGGCCGGAUGUGGAGCUGAUGAUAGUGGAAGCCUCGGAGCUGGACGGUUUGAACCAGCUGACGGUUAUACUGAAAUCGGACAGUCUGGAGUUCGCCAACAUGCUGAACGAAUGCGAACAGCGCGGAGCGGCCGACCCGAACCCUUACCAGCCGGAGGAGGAAAAUCUAGUCUUCCUGUUACAGUUCGAAGGCAUCUGGUGCCGUGCACUGUUGGCCAGCAGCCAGGACGAGGAGAAGCAGUACUAUCUGCUCGAUCUCGGCAUUAUACGUACGCUGAGCGAGCAGCCCGAAUGUCGCCGCUAUCCUGCCGGACUGACGCGCAAAAUGUUUGCCUGCGAAUGUAUCGUUGAUAAUCCCGAAAUGUUGGGAGUGACGAAUGCAACGGAAGACAAUAAUGUUGCGCUGCGCGGUAAGACGCUAAAGGCCACCGUAUACCAGCACACCGAGGAAGAAAAUGAAACAACACACAUUAAGAUUCUUUCGAUUAGAGGAUAAUUCAUUAUGCGGCACCUUCUUCUUUACGUUCGAUUUACGCGAAACUCCUCUUUCAUCUAUUAAAUAAGCUUGUUGUUGUAUCGUUGCGAUGGGAGUAAGUUACGCUGGUUAACUCGCCUUUGUUUUAUCCCCUACCAUGACUCCGUGCUCUUUGCAAUGUUGUAAUUGUAGUACGUAAGUGUGAAGCAUCACACAGGUGUAAAACAAGUUGAUUUUAUUACAAUCGCUUACGCUAAAGAUGCCAUUUAGGCAAGCCUUCCGCGAGCACGUUAAAAAAUACAGCCAAAGCUGUAAGGAAUACAUAUUCAGCACUGGAUAGCAGUACUACUGACGCAAGCAAAAAUGCUUCCAAAACGUGACGACGCGCACCGUUGCCUCCGAGCUGCUAUUCUAUUGACACAGCCGGUUUGCCUUUUCGGGGCGGUUUUCUAAACCAUCUAGGUUAAAAAUGCUUCAAAUACAACCAUUUAUCAAUAAACAAACCAUUCGUUAAUGAA